AUGAAGAAGAUUUUCACGGCGAACCUGAUUAGAAUGGUUGGCUCCAAAAGGAAGCGAUGUUCGUCGAGAUUUCUGUUUGCUGGAGUCGACGGGAUUGAUUCGGUACAGUUAACCAUCUUGUUUGCUGGUGUCGAUGCUCUAGGUGGUUCCUCGGAAGCUCUCCUUCACCGAUCCGUCUUCUGUAGAUUAGAAGAGGUUAGUCGAAGGUUUCUCCAUGGUUUUGCUAAUCUGAUUCCUGGAUCUUUGAAGACCCAUCAUACUCAGGCGACAAGGCCACGACAAGGUAGAUCUGCGGAAGCGACAAGUGGUGGUGGCGAGAAAUUUAUUGGGGUUGAAUGUUUUAAACCCCGUUCCGCUUUUUGA